GGAGACGUGAAUUUCUGGCACGUUGUGCCGCACAAUUAACCAUGGAAACUUACAUACAAGCACUUAGUUUGGCACCUGGAAUCCGUCAGACACACCUUACUUACAAUGUAUAAAAGGCAACCACCAAGUACCACAGGCAUACCUGAAAACACUGAAAACAGCAACACCAUGCCGCCAAUUAUCAUCACUGUUCUCCUUCUGUCUGUUGCAGCCAUUUCUCCGGUCUCAACAAAGAGCAACGGCAAAAAGGAAAAGGAUGAGUCCGUUUGUGGACAAAUUGAAAAGGCAAAUGCACAUGUUAGACCGGGCUUAAACCUGACAUAUGGGGACAUUAUGGGUGACAUGAUCGAUGACGAUGGAAUUUUGAGGAAUGCUGUCCCCUGCACCAGCAGUAGCUGUAAAUGGCCAAAAUCUGGAAACAAAGUCAAAAUCCCCUAUGAAAUCUCUGGCGCUUUUUCCAGACAACAAAAGAGACUUAUAAAAAAAGCCCUACGUGAGUUCAGGAAAGGAGAGCGCACAACCUGCGUUCGCUUUGUCAAGAAGAGAGGAACGGAUACAAACUAUCUAUCCUUCAUAUCAGACUCGGGGUGUUGGUCAUACCUUGGUCAAAUAGGUGGCAGACAGCCAAUCUCCUUGCAGAGAAAUGGUUGUGUGCGCAAAGACAUUGUGCAACACGAGGUCCUCCAUGCUCUUGGAUUCCACCAUGAGCAGUCCCGCUCUGACAGAGAUGAUCACGUCAUCAUUAAGUUUGAAAACGUCAUAUCAGGAACGGAACGAAACUUUGAGAUUGCAGAUACAAACAACUUGGCCACCCCCUAUGAUUUUGACUCUGUGAUGCAUUACAGCCCAUUUGCCUUCUCCUCAAAUGGUGAACCGACCAUCGUUGCCAGAGAUAGUUCUAUAACUAAUUUUGGCACCGCAACAGAGAUGAGUGCCAGAGACUAUGAUCUUGUCAAUCGUCUUUAUGACUGCUAAACUUCAAGACAAACGGAGGAUGUCCAGGUCUUGUUGAGGUCUCCGGUGGUGACAAAAAGAAGUACUUAAGCAUAUCAUUUUAAAUGUAUUAACUGGUAAUUAGUCAUAACUUACAGUGAUUUACAUAUAUUUGAAUCCAAAAAUAAAUACAUUAUAAAGAG